GGCAUGCAGGCGGUGGUGGGGUAGUCCCUUACGUACCAACCACGUGUGCGUCGUCUGCACUGCUGCAACCUCUGCUUCUUCGAGCGUCGUCUGCUCAUCGUGACGACAGUGCUUCGUGCGUACUCACGGAAAAAAAAAGCGCGAAAAAAAAAAAAACGAGAAAGUGGCCGCUUAUUAUUGGUGGCGUGAAAGUGACGGAGGAGGCUCGAGGGGGGAAAGUAUUUGCUCGCCCGUUAGUUGAUCUUGAUCAUCGCUGCCGUCCUUCUAUACAUUUCAAACUCGGUGUCAUCUAUUCCUCUUUAUUGGACUCCUUUGACAACAGGACGGAAGUCCGUCCCCGCAUUUUUGGAUUAUGGACACGUCUUCCUCGACUGGUCCCCCAGAGGCCCCAGCCGAGAUGAAUGGCGCUCCCGAGAGCAAGGGGCGCACUGACAUACAGCGGCUCGAGGAGCUAGCAGCCCACAACGGUGUCAACACUUCGCCCGUGCGCAUUGUCGUCGAGCCCUGCUGGGACGACGAAGACAACGGCAGCACCAUAACCGCCUCCAACGGCAACAUCCUGAACGGCGGCAACUUCAACGGCUUCGGCAACGGUCCUCGGCCGCUGUUCACAAUAGACUGUUCUGACGAGGAGACCGACGACCCUGGAAGCCCUGGCAGUAGUGGGCGUUUCAUGGGCGAUGAGCUAAGACGCAAUCGGUCUCGAGCAAAACUAUUCAGUUUUGCUGCGAAGGCUCGGUUGCGCGCACAGUCUAUGUCGGGCGCUCACUUGUCCAAUGAGGACCGCGAAUAUGGAAAGGGCCAGAAGGACUUCAUCGUGGCCACCCCGGAGGAAUUCGUCAGCCGGUUUGGGGGCCGGCAUGUCAUCAACAAGGUCCUGAUAGCAAACAACGGAAUCGCGGCAGUAAAAUGCAUGCGUUCCAUCCGAAGAUGGGCCUACGAGAUGUUCAGCAACGACAAGGCGGUUCGCUUUGUCGUCAUGGUGACACCGGAGGAUCUCAACGCCAACGCAGAGUACAUCAAGCUGGCAGACCACUGCGUCCCUGUGCCUGGUGGUUCCAACAACAACAACUACGCCAACGUGGACCUGAUUUUGGACAUUGCCAAGCGGGUUGGUGCCCAGGCUGUCUGGGCCGGCUGGGGCCACGCCUCGGAGAACCCCCGGCUGCCCGAACUGCUCACCAAAAACAAGAUUGCUUUCAUUGGGCCUCCUGAGAAGGCUAUGUGGGCCCUGGGUGACAAGAUCGCAUCCUCCAUUGUGGCCCAGACAGCCAACGUGCCGACCCUUCCAUGGAGUGGAUCUGGCCUGAAGGCCGACUGGGGCGAGGAUGAUGACUACAACCCGAAGAAGCCACUCAAGAUCAAGCCCGAGCUGUAUCGCAAGGGCUGUGUCACAGGCGUUGACGACGGUCUGGAGGCGGCUCAGCGGAUCGGAUUCCCCGUCAUGAUCAAGGCCUCGGAAGGCGGUGGCGGCAAGGGCAUCCGCAAGUCCGAGUCGGCCAACGACUUCCCCCAGUGCUUCCGGCAGGUGCAGAGCGAGGUGCCCGGCUCGCCCAUCUUCAUCAUGAAGCUGGCGACGUGCGCCCGCCACCUGGAGGUGCAGCUGCUCGCCGACCAGUACGGCACGGCCAUCUCCCUGUUCGGCCGCGACUGCUCCAUCCAGCGGCGACACCAGAAGAUCAUCGAGGAAGCGCCCUGCAUCAUCGCCAAGCCGCAUGUCCUCGAGCAGAUGGAGCGGGCCGCUGUGCGGCUCGCGAAGAUGGUAGGCUACGUAAGUGCGGGCACCGUCGAAUAUCUCUACAGUGAAGAUGGCAAGUUUUACUUCCUGGAACUCAACCCGAGGCUUCAGGUCGAACAUCCCUGUACAGAGAUGGUUGCCGAUGUCAACUUGCCAGCGUGCCAACUUCAGAUUGCCAUGGGCGUCCCGCUGCAUCGCAUCAAGGACAUCCGGCUACUGUACGGCGAGUCGCCCUGGGGCGACUCGCUCAUCGACUUUGACAAUCCCGUGCAGCGUCCCCGUCCCUUGGGUCACGUGAUCGCCGCCCGGAUCACCUCCGAGAACCCCGACGAAGGCUUCAAGCCGAGUGCCGGCACUGUGCAGGAGCUCAACUUCCGCUCCAACAAAAACGUCUGGGGCUACUUCAGUGUCGGCGCCUCCGGUGGACUGCACGAGUUCGCCGACUCGCAGUUCGGCCACUGCUUCUCGUGGGGCGAGGACCGUGAGGAGGCCCGCGAGAACCUCGUGCUCGCCCUCAAGGAACUCUCGAUCCGCGGUGACUUCCGCACCACCGUCGAGUACCUCAUCACCCUGCUGGAGACAGACGCGUUCCUCAGCAACACCUUCGACACCGGAUGGCUCGACAAGCUCAUCGCCGAGCGGGUGCAGGCCGAGAAGCCCGACACAAUGUUGUCGGUGAUCUGUGGUGCGCUGCAUGUGGCGUACCGGACGAUCCGCGAGAACUUCCGCAACUUCCAGACGUGCCUCGAGAAGGGACAGAUCCUGCCGGCAACGACGCUGACCAACACGCUCACGUGUGACCUCAUCCACGAUUCGGUCAAGUACACCGUCCAGGUGUCUCAGUGUGGCCCGACGUCUUACUUCCUGGUGAUGAACGGCUCAACCCGCCGCGUGGAGGCGCAUCGGCUGAGCGACGACCGCCUGCUGCUGUCCAUAGAUGGCGCCAGCUACACGACCUACAUGAAGGAAGAGGUUGACCGGUACCGAGUGGUCAUCGGCAACCAGACGUGCAUCUUCGAGAAGGAGAAAGACCCCAGCGUCCUGAGGUCUCCCUCGACAGGCAAGCUGCUUCAAUUCCUGGUUGAAGACGGCGCGCACGUCGUCUGCGGCCAGUCGUAUGCCGAGAUCGAGGUGAUGAAGAUGGUGAUGACGCUUACUGUUGAAGAGAGUGGGUGCGUUCACUUCAUCAAGCGGCCUGGUGCGGUUCUGGAAGCCGGUUGCGAGCUUGCCAGGCUAGAACUGGACGAUCCGUCGAGAGUCAACAAGGCGGUUCCGUUCGAGGGCGGCUUCCCGGCACCUGAAGUGGAAGGGGAGCACGAGGAGAAGCUGAACCAACAGUUCCUGGCGGCCAAGCAGGACUUGGAGAACGUGCUGGACGGAUACGUGCUGCCGGACCCGCACUUUGCACAGCACAUGACUGCCUCGCUGGACACCUUCAUGCGGACACUGCGGGACCCGACGCUGCCCCUCAUGGAGCUGAAGGACAUCAUCUCUUCAAUCUCUGGGCGCAUCCAGCCAUCCGUCGAGAACAACAUCCGGACGCUAAUGAAGAUGUACGACAAGAACAUCACCUCGGUCCUCGCCCAGUUCCCGAGCCAACAGAUUGCCGGUGUCAUCGACAGCUACGCGGCGACGCUGCAGAAGCGGGCGGACCGGGACGUCUUCUUCAUGACCACCCAGGGCAUUGUGCAGCUGGUACAGCGUUACCGGAAUGGCAUUCGUGGCCGCAUGAAGAAUGUAGUUCAGGAGUUGCUCAAGCAGUACCUCUCCGUGGAGAUCGAUUUCCAGCAAGGUCAUUACGACAAGUGUGUGGCGCUUCUUCGUGAGAAGCACAAGGACAACAUGUCCGUCGUGGUGGACAAGAUCUUCUCGCAUCUGCAGGUGGCCAAGAAGAACCUGCUCAUCAUCAAGCUCAUUGACCACUUGUGCGGUCAUGAGCCUGGCCUGACCGACGAGCUGUCAUCCAUCCUGAAUGAACUGACUACCCUGAGCAAGACUGACAACGCCAAGGUGGCCCUCCGAGCACGGCAGGUGCUGAUAGCGACCCACCAGCCGGCGUGGGAGCUGCGGCACAACCAGAUGGAGUCCAUCUUCCUGUCGGCGAUCGACAUGUACGGCCACGACUUCUGCCCCGAGAACCUGCAGAAGUUGAUCCUCUCCGAGACGUCCAUCUUUGACGUGUUGCCCGACUUCUUCUACCACGGCAAUGUCGUCGUCCAGAGGGCCGCUCUUGAGGUGUACGUGAGGCGUGCGUACGUCUCCUACGACCUGACGUGCCUCCAGCACCUGCAGCUGCCUUCGGGCAUAUGCGCAGCACAAUUCCAGUUCCUGCUCCCCAGCUCGCAUCCAAACAGGCACUUCGUUAAUGAAUGCAGGCAGGUCCAAGCGCCGGCCGUAGCCGACGGGAACACGGCGGGGACGCCCGCCACACCCGAAGACACCGUGGCCUCGUGGGAGCACGAGCAGCCCGAUCUGGACUCUCAGCGCGUGGGCAUCAUGGCUGCUUUCAACACCUUUGAGCAGUUUGCCAAUGACUUCGACAACCUGAUCGAAUUCUUUGCCAUUUCACCGAAUGUGGCGCCGCGAAAUGAAUUCGACUUCGGGACACGGGAGCACAACGCACCGUCGUUCUGCGAUGGCAACGAAAGCCCAGUGGUCAUCGAACCCAUGCACAUCCUCAACAUUGCCAUCCGCAAUGACAUUCCCAACGAGGAUGAAGAUUACGCGGCGAAGUACUAUGCCUUCUGUCAGGAAAAGUGUGCCAUCAUGAAAGAGAGGAUGAUUCGCAGGAUCACCUUUCUCAUUCUUCACAAACGCCGGUUCCCUCAGUACUACACAUUCCGGUAUCGUGACGAUUACGUCGAAGACUGCAUCUACAGGCACCUGGAGCCGGCGCUGGCGUUCCAGCUGGAGAUCAACAGGCUGCGCAACUACGACCUCGAGGCCAUCCCCACCUCCAACCUCAAGAUGCAUCUCUACCUUGGCAAGGCCAAGGUUCCUAAGGGUCAAGAGGUUUCAGACUUCCGUUUCUUCAUUCGUGCCAUAAUCAGACACUCUGAUCUCGUCACCAAGGAGGCUUCGUACGAAUAUCUCCAGAAUGAGGGUGAACGUCUCCUACUUGAAGCCAUGGACGAGCUUGAGGUGGCCUUCACGCAUCCUGUGGCCAAAAGGACCGACUGCAACCACAUAUUCCUCAACUUUGUGCCCAAGGUUACGAUGGACCCAGCUAGGAUUGCCGAAAACGUCAGGGACAUGGUGAUGAGGUAUGGUCCUCGGCUCUGGAAGCUCCGCGUCCUUCAGGCAGAGAUCAAAAUGACCAUUCGAGGCAUUGACGCAAGCUCCACGCCCUGCCGCAUGGUCUUCACCGAGGACGUGCCUGGGCCCAGCGUGCCUAGCCUGAACGGCAAGUGCGUGCCCAUCCGGUUAUUUCUGGCCAACGAGAGCGGCUACUACCUGGACAUCUCCCUGUACAAGGAACGGCUGGACCCCGAGACUGGCCUGAUGCAGUUCGAGGCAUGGGGGCCGCACCGACAGGGUCCACUGCACGGAUUGCCCAUCUCCACUCCAUACCUCACCAAGGACUACUUGCAGCAGAAGCGGUUCCAGGCCCAGUCCAACGGCACGACAUACGUCUACGACUUUCCCGACAUGUUCCGACAGGCCCUGAUCAGGCUAUGGGAGGAGCACGUCGAGAUGCGACCAGGCCAGGACAUUCCAGAUUCACUACUGAGCUGCGUUGAGCUGGUGAUGGACUCGCAGGGACGGCUUGUUGAGCAGAAGCGACUACCUGGAGAGAACGACGUUGGUAUGGUAGCCUGGCGCAUGACGCUAGUGACGCCUGAGUACCCGGAGGGCCGUGACAUCAUCGUCAUCGCCAACGACAUCACAUUCCUUCUCGGCACCUUCGGACCUCAAGAGGACCUCCUCUUUUUCAAAGCAUCCGAGAGGGCCCGGGCGUUGGGCAUUCCGCGACUCUACAUUUCGGCCAACAGCGGUGCCAGGAUAGGACUAGCGGAGGAGCUCAAGCACCUCUUCAACAUUGCGUGGGUUGACCCUGAAGUGCCCGACAAGGGUUACCGGUACCUCUACUUGACACCGGAGAACUUCAAGAAAGUCAGCGCCCUGAACUCCGUCAACGCAGAGCUCAUUGAUGACGAAGGCGAGAAGCGGUACAAGAUAACCAACAUCAUCGGCAAGGUGGAUGGACUCGGGGUUGAAAACCUGAAGUAUGCUGGGCUCAUCGCCGGCGAGACGUCGCAGGCUUACGAAGAGAUUGUCACCAUCAGCUUGGUGACCUGCCGGGCCAUCGGCAUUGGAGCCUAUCUGGUCCGUCUCGGACAGCGAGUCAUCCAGCUCGAGAACUCUCACAUCAUUCUCACUGGUGCUGGGGCCUUGAACAAGCUGCUAGGUCGGGAGGUGUACACAUCCAACAACCAGCUGGGAGGUGUGCAGAUUAUGUACCCCAAUGGCGUCUCGCACGUCACCGUUCACGACGACCUGGAGGGCACCUACGUCAUGCUCAAGUGGCUGUCGUACAUGCCAAAGUGCAAGGGUGCCAAGCUUCCCAUAGUGGAGCCACUGGACCCCAUUGACAGGGACGUCGUGUACACCCCGGCCAAGGUUCCGUACGACCCCAGGUGGCUUCUGGCAGGGCGCGAGAGUCCAAAUUUGCCUGGGUUCUGGGAAGAUGGCUUCUUCGACCGCGGCUCCUUCAUGGAGGUGAUGCAACAGUGGGCCCAGACCGUCGUCUGUGGGCGCGCUCGCCUUGGCGGCAUUCCCGUCGGCGUUGUCGCGGUUGAGACAAGGACAGUCGAGAUUGACAUCCCCGCUGACCCUGCCAACCUUGACUCGGAGGCCAAGGUCCUGUCUCAGGCGGGCCAGGUGUGGUUCCCAGAUUCAGCAUACAAGACUGCGCAGGCCAUCAACGACUUCAACCGGGAAGAACUGCCCCUGUUUGUCUUCGCCAACUGGCGUGGCUUCUCGGGGGGCAUGAAAGACAUGUACGAUCAGGUGCUGAAGUUUGGUGCUUACAUCGUGGACGCUCUGCACACAUACCGCCAGCCUGUGAUAGUGUACAUCCCUCCGUUUGGCGAGCUGCGAGGUGGUGCCUGGGCCGUGGUGGACGCUGCCAUCAAUCCUCGCCAGAUGGAGAUGUACGCCGACCCCGACAGUCGGGGUGGUGUGCUCGAACCCGAGGGAACGGUUGAAAUCCGUUUCCGUAAGAAGGACCUUCUGAAGACCAUGCACCGCGUCGACGCCAGGUGUCGUGAGAUCCUGGCGCUGCUGGGCACGGCCGAGCCCGAGAAGAAGGCGGCGCUCGAGGCAGAGCUGCGGAAGCGUGAGACACAGCUGCUGCCCAUGUACCAUCAGGUGGCGCUGUCGUUUGCCGACCUGCACGACAUGCCUGCCCGCAUGCAGGAGAAGGGCGUCAUCCAGGACGUAGUGCCUUGGAGCAAGUCACGGAACCAGCUGUACUGGCGGUUGCGACGCCGCCUCUUGCAAGACGCGGUCAAGCGGGACAUCCAGCAGGUCCGGCCGCAGAUCGGUGACGGAGAGAUGGAGAGCAUGCUGCGCCGCUGGUUCGUCGAGUCAAUGGGCGCCGUCAAGCAAUAUCUGUGGGAGAAUGACUUGGCUGUCACCAACUGGCUCCAAGAUCAGCUCGACCCCAAGAUGGGGCGCUCGCUCAUCAUUGACAACAUCCAGUGCUUGAGGCGUGAUGCGGCCAUCUCCCAAAUCAAAAACACGCUUCAAGUCAAUCCCGAGGUGAUAAUGGACUCCGCUGUGCACAUAAUCCAGCAGCUGACUCCCCAGCAGCGCUCGGACUUGCUAGCGACCAUCCGGACCCUGGAAAACGAUCAGGCGCUGCCCGCCGCUCCGAGCAGCGAGUCGCCAACCACGCCGCCCUCGGAUGCGGCGUCUUGACAGAAUGCUUCAACGGCGCGGCCGCCAAAGUCCGAGCGGAGCCGCGGCAGUCGACGCCGGAAGCGGAGGAGUUGAAGCGUCUCCUCUGCGCCGUGCCAACAAUCUUCGCAAAGUCGUUUGCACAAACGCACAUUGACGUUUAGGGCAGGGACGAUGAUCAGCGCGAAACUCUGUUUGCGCUGAAUUUGUAAUUUUUUUGUUGGGAAUCAAUCAGUCUUACCUGAACUUUUGCAGAAAUGCGAAUUGAAAUGUGAAUUUGUCGGGAAGGUGGCUGCAUUGGACGAUCGUGUGGAAUUUUUCAGGGGCCGUUCGUAUAAGAAAUGGCUCUCCGUAGAUGCCGUUCGUAGACGGAUUCGUUUAAAUAUAACAUAGUUGAAUCUGUUAGCUAUUGCUGCUGCCGUUGUCUUUCGUGUUUCAUGUUGUGACUGCCUCUUCUGACCAACUUGCCUUGAGCACUUUCUUCACUUGAAAGCAUCCUUUUUGUCUUUCUUCAUCUUAUGCACAUUGGCCUAUAUCUCAAAAAUUUUUUUACUGCCAUUGGCACCUGCGCUGCAAUGAAAGCUUUCUUGGUCUCAAAGCCGCAUACAAGUUUCUGUUACUGGAGCUUGUGUGCUUAGAUUUUCCUUUCCGAGUGUGGUGAACUCUGCCUGUGAUUGCCAUUAGUCAUGAAAGUGCGACAAUUUCGCUGCACGAAUGUUCCCGUAGUUGCCGAGAGCCGAUGAUACCGUUGCAAACUAUGAACAUUUAUUCCCAGUCACUUGUAAGGCCUACAGUGUGCUGUUUAGUGCAAACUGUCACGCUGAAUUACGCGCUUGCACGAUGUGUGCAUGACGACAAGGCCGUGGUGGUAUGCAAGUUCUCCACUGUUGUCCCCGUGGAGUCUUUGAUUAUCCUGUCUGCCUGCCAUAGUAAGUGGCUUGCUAUGUGUACUGUGCGCCACAUUUUUUUUUCCCCCGCAUUUCGUCGUUUUUAAAGACCAUCAAAGCAACAUUUCAGGGUGGCCUCCGAUGUGAGCUGUAGUCAAUUACAAACCACCACUCAAGUUAGCAUUUUUCAUGCAAAUCUCUGAAAGUACGGAGAGGGUUUUAUUACCAUGACCAAUUUUAUUUCUUGCCUUUCGUUUGCAUUUUUGUUAAUCUUGGCGAAUACGGAAAAUAUUUCUCAGAACGUCACUUGCUGUAUCAUUACAGUUAUAUUUCUACAGUGAGCAGUUUACGUAUUCGGUUGCGAGCCGCAGAAUGCUCAUAUCGCACGCUUAGUGGGCAUUUCAUUCAUGUUUAAAUGGUUUCACCGGGUGUACCACUGCUCCACGUUUUUAGUAAAUGGAAUGUCAUUCACCGACACGUUCUUUACCCCAUCGAAAAAUGUAAUGGCAGCUACGCAUUUUCGGGUGCCAUAAUGUCGUCCGCCACAGUUUCACCGCAGUCUGAUCCGUGCGGCUGGCGACAGAAUUCCGGGCUGCACUUUCAGACGAGUCAUUCCGGCCCUGCUCGUUGCGGACAAAGUCUUCGUUAACAAGCGGUGUUCGAGCUCUUGAGAUGCUGCGGUUUGUUCCGUUCUGUCUGCAGCCGCGAUGGCAAUCGUCUGGCAAAACCGUGGCUGGCAUAUCUUAAGCUCUUCUUUUAAAACUAGGUUUGAAUCUGCAUUUCUAAUAAUUUAAGGAUCUUCAGUGUUUAGCAGUAGCCGACAGUAUUCGACACAUUAUUCAUUUAGUCUACUGGGCAAUGCACAUAGUCCUGCAGAUAGUUUUGAGCACGUGUUUAGACGUUUUGUAGACUUUGUAAAUAUGUACCUUAACUUGACGUUUCAGGCCGCAGCAUUCUUUUUGUUUUAUUCGCUUAGGUGUAAAUAGUAUUACCUGGCUUUUGGGGAACUGAAUCUUUUUUUUUAAAGAAGCGGGGCGUCAAGACAAAUAUCAAUACUGAGACCAAUACUCGUGAAAUGUGCUAACUGGCAUUCACGGUCCUUAUUUUUGUGCAAGAAAUCGUGGAUAGUAUCAACUAAUUUUCAAUGCCUGUUGCAUGACUGACCCCGUCGACGUGCUGAAUUAUUUUUUUCAGGAAGUGCAAAAGAGUCUUUCGCGUCGGAGAAGAAUCCUAUUUAUUUUUGUAAUAACACCAGAUGGAGAAUGAAAGAAAGGGGUGGUACAUUUUCAACUUCGAGCACUUUUUUUUUGUCGGAUGUAAAUAUGUCACCAACGUGCAAAACACUGCAUUUCUUGUAUCGUGGAAAUAAAAAAAUGCAUUCUCA